AAAAAGGCUGCGUGAGGUCGUGAAGGUCACGGAAGUACAGCGCAGGGGACGACCCGGAACACCAGCUGCUGUCUUUUGCCUAGCUUAUGGAAAAAAAAGUGCGGAUUUCAGAUUGAGGCAAUUGUGCUCAGUGUUUAUGGCAGUGCGAGACAGGAUGCGAGACGAGUUGUUCAAACAUCAGCCUGGUGAGCAUGAUGUUGGGGAGGACCAACAAGAAGGACAACAUCAAGCAAAGUAUGACGAGCAGUACCGUCGGGAGCUGGCUUCUGUUCUACGAGUAAGACUAGAUUUGAUUGAAGAAUUUUUGGCACCGAGAAAAGCACUGGAAUUUCUUUCUUCAACUUCAAAGCAGGUGGACAACAUGUUUGUUGGUCUCAAGCCAGACGUCGUCUUCCUCCCAUGACAAACACCAUCACGACCGAGAAGAGUAUCUACAUAGAGAAAUGCAGAUGCGACGUGGCGAAGUGCUUGCGAACUUACGAGCGUUGUUUCCGAUGGUGACUAACUGGACAUCUAGCAGUGCAUCUCCAUCUUCUUCGAGAAGUGCAAGAGAUGAUGAUGAUAACUUUCACCGAGCAGACGGAGCUGGACCUGAAGGAGGUCUUCGAAAUCGCCCAGGAGACCCGCUAUCUAGAAUUGUCCAGCUACCAGGCAGAGCUCAAAGGGAGAAAGAAUUAGCUACACAAGUGGCCACAAGUAAAGCGCGUGCUUUAGAGGAGGAAUUGGUUGCGGAUGGCGAGGACGAUGACGGAUUUUCCAGUACUAGGCCGCGUGCUUUAGUGGAAGAAGAGCAUAGGAAACGUUUGAGAUUUGCAACGAUUUUUCUCUUGGAUCAUGAUCAUGAAGAUGAGCAAGAACGUCAAGAAAAUCAUGGUCAUCUUCUGACCGGAGGACAACUUGCCUACAAGGAAAUCAGCUAA